AUGUCUCAGAGCUCUGAUUUGGCUAGGGAUGGAGCUGAGCCUGGAAAGUAUGGCAUGAAAAUCCCUGGGCUUGCCUUCAUGAAGCGCCGCAGUGACGACUUCUGGAAGGCUUGGCAGGUGUACAGACAUAAGCCUUGGAAUAUGUGUCUUUUGGUCCUUAUUGGCACUCUGUUCGCUGUUGGCCAUCACCUGUUUUACCUCCGCCUGAAUGGCAAAGAGGCUAUGAACCAGUCUCUAAUGUUACGGUACGGUACUAUCGUCGCAUUCUGUGCCAAAGCUAGUCUCGGUACAGCUGUUACUAUUGCGUUUCAUCAAAGAGCCUGGAAAGUAGUCCGAAAUAAAACAGCCUGGGUUGAGACUAUUGACUCAAUUUUCACCGCUAAGUCGGAUAUCUUCUCUCUCUUUACCUGGGGUUCUAUCCGGAAAGCGAAAAUCGGCACUCUCCUUGCGCUUUACUGCUGGCUCACUCCUCUUGUGGUCGUAUUGACUUCUGAGACUUUGUCAGUUUUUGUCGGUGUUUUUGAAGAAACUACGACAUGCACGUCUAUCCGGACCUUGAACUUUGAAAACGAGGAGAAGGUAUAUUGGCGGAAUCCCCAGAGAAUCGAUGACCAGUUCCUGAUUUCCAUGUCUUUAUGGAAUUCAACCUUUGACAAUAGUGUGAGUGACUUCAAGGGGGAAUACUUUGACUAUUACACCUACCCUAGCAGGCAGGUCGACAACUUCAUCGCCACCAAAUCGAUGCUGAUGGGCGAGGCCAUAGUUCGCAAGGAGUCAGCGGUUGAGAUCUGUGGAGAGGGAUGGAACUGUUCCUAUGUCAUUAACUUUAUUGCUCCUGGCUAUAAGUGUGAGGAGCUAGCAUAUGGUGUAAACUCUGAGGUUAAGGAGCUCGGGAAUGCUACAGCACCAUUCAACACCUCUGUGUUGGCGCCCACGGGAAACCUGACGUAUUGCGCCGUCAACGACUGUGGCGAGUAUGGCAAUCCCCAAAUGGUGUCUUAUCCUGGGGGGAGACCAAAACACCAUCCCCCAUAUCCGGACAGCUUUGGAGCCUUCAGAACGGAGCCUGUCAUGUGGAUUGGUUACGCAACAGUGGAUGACCUUUCAGUCCCUCAACCAGAGACCCCAGGCACAGAGCAAUGGAAGGAUGCAUAUACACCCGUUAUCAUCGGGUGCGAGCAUUACGAAGUCAACUACACUGCCCAGUUCAAUUACACAGGCGGUGCACAAUUUGUUGACAUUCAGAAACGCGAAUACCUAAGAAAGGUGGUCGAUACAACUUACAUACUUGAGAGAGACCCCGAUAAGAGGUUGAAAGAUCGGACGCAAGCUGUUCCCGAGAGCAACUAUAUACUCCCCACCAACGUCAAGAAAUACCGCCGAACAGCAGCUUACCAUUCCAUCGGCUUUAUGUUGAGGCAAUGGCUCAAUGGAACUACGACGAUGCCGCAUUACAAUGUAAAUUCCGAGCUCCUAUACACUCGGCUGAUCACACCGGUAAAUUACCUCCCAAUCAAGAACUUCCGGCAGGGUAUACAGAGCCUUUACGAGGAUAUGAUCAUUUCUCUAUUUGCAGAACCUUCCUUCAGUGUAGUCUCAUGGGCGGCGAAUGGGAAACCGUCUGGUAUUGCCAAAGGAGGUCCAUUAACGGCCUAUCCUUGCCGACGUGAGAGGAUAGCGACUUUCUUUCACUACGACAUGGCCCAGCUUCUGGGUGUUUAUGCGGCGAGUAUAUUUCUAGCGGGCAUUGGUGUGUUAUUGGGGUUGCAAGCGUAUCUUGAGGAGGGCGCUAUGCGCGAUAUGAAGCCGUCUUCUAUAAUAGAAGCUUCGCGGGCGUCGAGUCUUGAUGUACUGGGGGCACGGCAGGGAGGGGGUGUCAAGAUUGGGUAUGAGCUUGUUCAUGAAGAGGCUGGUAGGAGUGUGGGAAGUUUUGGGGUCGAAGGUCAUGUGCAGCAAUAG